UCAAUACUACUUGAUUCCGCUCUUACUCCAUCGGCGAAGUUAGUGUAUCUACAAUUCCUUUACAGGAAGCAAUCUAAAUUAAUUCAAAUUCUCGUGGCUAAAUUCUUUCUCGCUACUCACGUUUGCGUAAUUUUCUUCCGUCAAACCUACAUCAAACCCUACCAUGACAUCACAUACGUAUUCCAACAUUGACUUGGCAGCAGUGUUAUCUGAAAAGAAACCUGUGUUGACCAGAUGCUCAUUUCAAAAAUGCAACGCUAGAAUCAUACCAGUAACGGAAACGUUGCAGAAGAACAUAGUGGAAAUCAAGGAAGCUCCGAAAAUGAUGUCAACUGCUACCGAUGCGAAUGAAGUGGUAAAGAGCAGUGCUUCCUUCUUUCAGAUAGGGGAUGUAUGGGACUUUGAUAAUAUUGGAGUCUCCAGACCUACAGAAGAAGUUGCUGGAAAGUUUUCUUUAGAAGAUUCUGAAACUUUCAUAAACAUUGAACGAGUUCUCGUGUGUAGCGAGUGUGAUAGAGGUCCUAUUGGAUUCGCAGGAUUGAGCUCCACUGACCUAAAUGAUGUUAAGAAUUUAAAGUACUUUUUGAGUUGCAACAGUGUGCUUUAUCAGAGUUCUUAAACCUUAUAAUAGAAGACAUCCGCAGUUCCUUAAUUUUCAUGAUCAAACACUAGAAUCCGAUGACUUGAUCAGUUAAUUUAGAAUAAACCUGGUGCUAACUGAGAGUUCAUCCACUAGAGCACUCUAGAAGAGACGUGAGAUCCAAAUGCAACCCACCAACAUUUUUGAAGAGAUCCAGAACCAAUCUUAUUUAAAAGUUUUAGUUACCUCCUUUCCACCCACUCCUGGACGAUACCAACAUCUUAUCGUAAUCAUGGAUAUAGAUGGUUAAUAUGCAAACUUAUACAUUAUUGAAUUAGUU